CGGCUCAAAUAGUCGAAUUGUCAUUUAAUAUUCUGUGUGAUUUAUAUUUUAAUUAUUAUUUAAAUCGUUUAUGUAUUUGGUACUGUUGUGUGAAAUAUUAUUGUAACAGGAAGUCCACUGGCCAGUCUACACUCCACAAAAACAUCUGUAAUUACGGGACAAAUACGAAAAUCUGCCCAUAACUUAGAACGUCGGGAUCGUGUGAUACCGUCGAACACUCCCGGCUCCCACAGUAAUAGAUAAUACAUAACCUAUUACAUAACCUACGCACUUAAUGUAUUUUUACGAAAGUAUAUGGAAUGGAGCAUCAAUAUAAACAACACUAUGCGGCGGCAGCAGUAACUGUAGCUGAAAAAAUGAUUGAAUCCAAAGUUUGCGGACCAGAUAGCGUGUUCGUGUCCUUCAAACUUGACAAGUGGCACACCGAACCGAAUCAAUUUUGUUCAGUAGUGCUGUACGGGACGAUGACGGUCAGCGACCGAGACUGCCGCAAUCAGAUUCAUCCGCUAGUGUUGAAAUUCAAGCACAUAAAUCCCCAGAAGCGGAAGAUUUGCAGGAACGACCAACAGUUCUAUAACGAGAAGUUGUUCUACGAACAAAUCACGCCAUUUCUGCUAGCGUUUGUUUCGCCAAGGGAUGACGAUGUUUCAAUGACACCGUCGUUAUGCCGUUACUUCUACGGGCGCAACGAUUGCGGUGACCUAGCGGAUCGGGACCUGAUCGUCUUGGGAAACGAAACAGUCCGUGGAUACAGAUCAGCGGUGAAUGAUCAUCGGUUGACUUUGGAUUAUGAUCACAUGGCCAUAGCUGUACGGACACUGGCAAAGUUUCACAGCUUGUCUUACAGAGCAAAACAUGUGGAUCGAGUCAAAUUCAUUGAACUGGUGAAGAAAGUGGCGGAAACGCAAUUUAGUGCAGAAGGCAAAUGGUACCUCAGUAGCAAAGUUCUCCAAGGACUGUUUUCAACUGCGUUGGAUAUGCUGGAGGAGCGACAUGGCGACAGCGGUGGAUAUGUACAGAGGCUGCAUCGGUUCCGGGUAGAACUAUUGGCCGACCUAAUAGAGACGACGAAGCGUGUGAUGGAGCCGGACGAACAUCUGUCCGUCCUGUGCCACAGCGAUUUCGGCCGCCAUAACUUAAUGUUCCGGUAUGACGGUGAUGGCCGGCCGACGGACGCGCUCCUGUAUGAUAUGGCUCUCAUCCGGUACGGGUCACCGGCACUAGAUUUGUCGCACUUCAUGUACUUGAACAUGGAUCGCCAGACACGGGAUGAUCACUGGGACGAUCUCCUUGACGUCUAUUGCGAGACGUUGGCUUCUGUGGCCGGUAGCGCUCCGGUACCGGACCGCAGUCAGCUGGACACUGAAAUGACCAAAUCCGCAUAUUAUGGUCUUGCGCGAGUUUCUAUGGCAGUACGAAUCUUGUUAGAAGAGCAGAAACAGGUCGACUUGUCCGAGUUGGCUGGCUUGACUGAUGAUGAGAAGCUGCAAUUUUGGCUGUCGUGUGGUGGCAAAAGAGCAACUGAAUGGACAGCUGACACCCUCCAACAUUAUCUGGACAUGGUCUUCAUCGAUGUAGUAGCCAAUUGAGCUACACAUAGAUACAACAUCGGAUGGUGGCAUAUUUUGAAAUUUACUUGCCAUAAACUUUGCCAGGUUGCUUAUAUUUUAUUCUAUUAUUAUAGGAAAAAAAAAAGUUAAGCCGAGCUGUCAUAGUGUUAUAUAGAUAGAUUUAGAUCAUAGUUUAUUUAUAAUGGGACUACUUUUAUAUAUAUAUAAAAAAAAAAUAGUGACAUUGUACAAACAAAUUUUGCUUAACUCUAAAUAAAGCCAAAAUUAAAUUGUUUGAUUA